CGUGCACUUACGCAGCCACCGGGUAAUUCGCAAGGAUGCAAUUCACGUCGUUGCUCGCGCUCUUCCUUGCUGCGCUCGCGGCUCGCGCGUGCCCGGGCGAAGAACACGGUCACGCGCAUGAACACCAGCCUCUGCGGCGCGCAUUCCCACAGACGCGGCUCCCGGUCCCGACCAGGCCGCUCGUUUGGGGCGACGUGAACAUCAUUCACACUACUGACAGCCAUGGCUGGCUGCUUGGGCACCAAAAGUCAUCUUUCCCAGAGCCUAAUUACAGCGGGGACUUGGGAGAUUUCGCGUCUUUCGUGACGCACAUGAAGGAGAUAGCCCUCGAAAAGGAUGUUGAUCUUCUCUUGGUCGACUCCGGUGACUUGCAUGACGGAACCGGUCUCUCAGACGGUUUCCCUCCAGGCGGUGUAGACGGACAUGAGACCAACAAAUUCAUAUUUGAUCUGCCUUACGACGUCAUGGCGAUUGGAAACCAUGAGCUGUAUAUCUACGCAAACACGCUUGACAUGUACAAGACUUUCGCCCCAAAGCUCAACGGGCGUUACCUCUCCUCCAACGUCAACAUCACCCUCGCCGACAAAGAUGGCAACCCCGUCAGCGUACCCGUUGGUGAGCGCUUUGCGAAGUUUAAGACUCGCAAGGGACGCAAGGUUACGUCGCUUGGCGUUCUGUUCGACUUCACGGGCAACGAUGUCAAUACCACCGUGCAGAAGGUGGAGGAUAUGGUCGAGGAGCAAUGGUUCGCGGAGGCAAUCAAGGACGAGCCUGACUUCUUCCUUCUUGUUGGGCACAUGCCCGUCUCGCAUGAUCACUGGCCGACUGUCUUUGACAAGGUCCGUGCCGUCCAUCCCACAACGCCGAUACUCAUCCUCGGAGGGCACACUCACAUUCGUGACUGCAUACAACUUGAUGGUCGCUCCAUGGCUCUUGAGAGCGGUCGUUACAUGGAAACCGUCGGCUGGAUGAGCGUAGAUCUUGACCACAAGGGUUCCAAUAAGAACCUCACCUUCACCCGCCGUUACCUUGAUCCAAAUCGUGUGUCUUACGAGUACCACACCGGCCGCGGCAACUUCACCUUCGACACCCUCCAGGGCAAGCUGUACACUCAAGGGCUCAACAAUCUUGCGAAGCGCUUCAACCUCAGCGACGAGUUCGGCGUCGCUCCGGAGGACUACACUAUCAGCCAGGUUCCUGCCACGGCGAACAACUCCCUCCUCUCUCUCUUCACGACGGCGAUGACGUACUCGCUCACGGUGAACAACUCGCGCGCGUCCGUGCCCAACGUGAUGAUUACCAACUCGGGCUCCAUGCGCUUUGACGUCUACGCGGGUGCGUUCACCAAGAACGACCAGCUCACUGCGUCGCCCUUUGCAGACUCGUUCCUCUACAUUCCCAACGUCACCUUGUCCAUCGCGAGCCAAGUCCUGCCCACGCUGAACAAAGCCGGGGCGAACGAGCGCCGUGAGUUAGCCGGGAUUGAUUUGCGGAGUACGGAGGCGUACGCGAGGGGUGAGGUCGACAUGCUGUAUCGGGCGUGGUUGGAGGAGAUGGAUCGGAAGAGUUUUGGGCCGGAGCGGAGGGCGGCGAACAACGCGACGCUUGGUUAUGUGACUCAUGACUCCUGCCCUGGGGUCGGCGACGACAUCGUCCACACGCCUCUGCCCUUCUUCUCUGCACCCGACUUCAUUGGCUCGUCCGCGCCCGCGGGUGUCGCGGACUCGGACCCAGUCGACCUUGUCUUUGUUGACUUCAUCGAGUCGCAGCUGCUCGAGAUCCUCAACGGCAUCCAGAGCGCGAAAAACUAUACCGAGGCGGAUGUCCUGCCUUACACAGACGUACUCGCGAGUGCCGUGCUUGGUAUCUAUGCGGAGAAGUUCUGGAACUGA